AUGAGUAAUGAAUCUGGAAAUUCGAGUGGAGUCUCUAGCGCUCGAGCAAGAGGUCGCGUUGUUGGUGUGCCGAAGAGAUGUUGGUGUGGAGAAUUAUUUAUCCCGUUGAUGUCGAAGUCAACCGAAAAUCCUAACAGUAGAUACUUUCGGUGUCUUUUUGCGGUGGAGAAAAAGCUGAGUAAUGAUAAUCACGCUUAUAAAUGGGUUGAUGAGGCGUUGUUGGAUGAAAUUGAAGCAUUGUCAUUUAGGAUAGGGAGACUUGAACAGACAAUUCUUGCUGAGCGUGUGGAAGAAGAGAGGAAGAAAUUCGAAGAGUUUGAAUUGAAGUUAGAGACCGAGAUUUGUGCAAGAAUGGAAGAUGUUGUGAGUGAAGCCAAAUGCGAAGUCAAGAAAGUGCUGGUGCUUGUUUUUUUAGGAUGUUUGAUCAUGGUUUUGUUGUCUAAGGUGAUAUAG